CAACUCCAUGACAUUUCAAUGUCGUCUUUGUCUUUGUUUUUGUUGUCCUUGCCUCAAUUACUCCAAUUAAACAAACCCAAAGCUCUGUGUAUCUCUUUAAACAAGAACUUUGCUUUGUCUUGAAUUCAUAUAAGCCUCCUACAUUUCCUUCACUGUCUUCUUGGGCACCGAAGAAAAUCAGGAAAUGGGUAGGGAAAGCAUAGAAGAAGGAGAUAUAUCAAGCCCUCUGCUUCUCAAAGAUAGAUCUCAGAUACGUGGAAGAGAUGAUGCCAAUGUUGGUGGAGAUGGGCAGAAUGGAGGUUCUUCAGCAACAACUGUGGUGGUUAUAAGCACCCUGGUUGCUGUCUCUGGUUCAUAUGUUUUUGGCUCAGCUGUAGGAUAUUCAUCACCCACUCAGGCUGGGAUAAUGGACGACCUGGGUCUUUCUGUGGCAGAGUACUCACUAUUUGGUUCUAUAAUAACAAUCGGGGCAAUGAUAGGCUCAAUAAUGAGUGGAAGGAUAGCAGAUUACAUUGGUCGAAGAGGUGCUAUGGGCUUUUCAGAAAUAUUCUGCAUCAUAGGAUGGCUUGCAAUAGCAUUCUCAAAGGCUUCUUGGUGGCUUGAUCUUGGAAGACUGUUGGUAGGAUAUGGGAUUGGGCUUCUUGCUUAUGUGGUGCCUAUUUACGUAGCUGAGAUUACACCCAAGAAUAUACGAGGAGGAUUCACAACAUUGCAUCAGUUGAUGAUAUGUUGCGGUGCUUCAGUUAUGUAUCUUAUUGGAGCUUUUGUGUCCUGGCGAAUUUUGGCUCUGAUUGGAACUAUUCCAUGUCUUGUUCAACUGCUAGGGCUAUCCUUCAUUCCAGAUUCUCCUAGAUGGUUGGCAAAGAUUGGACAAUGGAAAGACUGUGAAGCCGCUCUGCAGCGUUUUAGAGGGGAAAAUGUUGAUAUAUCUGAUGAAGCAGCUGAGAUUAGGGAUUAUACAGAAGCCCUUCAACAGCAUUCUGAAGCUACCAUAUUUGAAUUGUUCAAGAGGAAAUAUGCUUAUUCACUCAUUGUUGGAGUGGGCCUGAUGGUACUGCAACAAUUUGGAGGGGUCAAUGGCAUUGCAUUUUAUGCAAGUUCUAUAUUCGUGUCAGCUGGUUUCUCUGGUAGUGUUGGAACUAUUGCAAUGGCUGUUGUCCAGAUUCCAAUGACAGCACUGGGAGUAGUCUUGAUGGAUAUAUCUGGGCGAAGACCACUUCUGAUGAUUUCUGCAGCUGGAACAUGCUUGGGUUGCUUCCUGGUAGCAUUGUCAUUUUUGUCACAGGGCCUUCAUAAAUGGAUAGAGUUCUCUCCCUUUUUGGCACUUAUUGGUGUACUGAUGUAUAUAGGAUCAUUCUCACUAGGCAUGGGAGGAGUUCCUUGGGUUAUAAUGUCUGAGGUAUUUCCUAUAAACAUGAAGGGCUCAGCUGGAAGUCUUGUGACAGUAGUUGGCUGGCUAUGUUCUGGGAUUAUCUCCUAUGCUUUUAACUUCCUAAUGAAUUGGAGCUCAGCGGGAACAUUCUUCAUAUUCUCAAGUGUUUGUGGCCUAACUGUUCUGUUUGUUUCAAAGCUGGUGCCAGAGACCAAGGGACGAACAUUGGAAGAAAUACAAGCAUCCAUGAAUCCAUUUUUAUCCAAGUGAUAAAUUUGGCAUCCUCACCUUACACUCAUUCUAUGUUUUGAUGGAUUGUAGUAAGGCCUGAGUACUGUAGCUCAUGCAAAUCUUGGAUAGAAAAUGGACCUGAAAUAUUUGGGUUCAAGUAUGAAAAAACAUAUUGGUUUCCAUGUGAAACAAGCUUUCUAAAUGCUAUAUUUCAUCAUUUUGAUAUCCCA